GACUCAACCAGUUGAUGUUUAUAUCAAACUUAAGUCGGUCGGUAUUCCUCUCCUACUCAUGCUCAGUGGUUGGAAAAAUAAUUUUACUCUAUAUACAAUCUAGAGGAAACUCGAUCGCGAUCAAGAUCGAUUUUAGAUACACCAAUAUCGUGUGUUUUGUUUUUUUUUUAUAUUAGUUUUUGAAGCACUUGUACUCUUCUUUUAUAAUUACUUUUAUAAAAUCCUUAAAACAUUUAAAAUGACAGAAACGGUUAUAAAUGUCAAUAAUCACCAACAGACAAACUCAGCUCCUCCAACAGGAGGUCCAUUUAGUUGGAUAAUAAUAAAUGUCGAUUACUUUAAAAGACUUCCUGGCAUUGUUAAAAUAGUUCAAUUUGUUCUAGGCAUAAUUUGCAUGAUUUUUGUUUCACCCGCGAGACUUGGAGCUACAACUUUCUUCCUCUUUGUCGUGAUUAUGGCAUUUAUUGCGACAAUUUUGUGGGCAGCUGCGUACUUCCUAGGAAUUCGUGAAGCCUUAACAUUACCUAUUAAUUGGAUUUUGACUGAACUUAUCAAUACUGGUAUUGCAACAAUUCUGUAUUUAAUUGCCUCUAUUAUUCAGAUAGCUGCUUGGUCUAAAACAAACUACCAUGGAUAUCACUUUUCAAAUAUUACGGGAGGUGUUCUAGGUUUAAUCAAUUUCUUAGCUUAUGCUGCUGGAUCAUACUUUUUAUAUCUCGAACUAAGGAUGGGUUCAACGCAUUAAUUGUAGUUAAGUUAAAAGAAGAUAUUUUUAAUGUUUUAUUUCACAGCAAAAUCUAUUCUUUGUAUUAAGUAUAUACUUGAAGCUUUUUUUUGUACAAAGAAAAUUUAUAACUUAAAUUAAAAUAUAAAAAGUAGAUUAGUUAACUUAUAUAAAGUAAUUAACUUGUAACGUAAUGAUUUUUUUUUUUUUUAAUUUUUUUGAGGUGCGCACUUAUCAUAUAAAUUGUACCAAGAACUCGAUACGUUUUGGUGUCGAGAAGUGUUCAUAUUAAAACAUUUAUCUAAAAAAAACAA